AUGGAAUAUCGAACUGCCUCUGGUGGAACUGUUCCGAUGGAGUGGGAAUGGCAAGGAGGAGCCUCAGGUCCGGGCGACGUGACGUCCCCCUUCUACCAAAUCGGCAUACAGCACCAGCAAGACAACAAGAAACGAACUCACAGCGCCUUUGAUUCUCCUGGAAAGAAACAGUUGCCAGCCCUACGUCCUCCAAACCCGCAAUCCUCCUUCCUCUUCUCCCCGCAGCGACAACAAUCGGCGAUGCCAUCCAACUCGUCGGUGUUCGGCCAACCAGCUUUUACGACACCACGCAAGCCUGAAUUGGACUUUUCAUCGGGAGCGGAGAAUCUGUCUUCGCCGGAUAAUGCGGAUAACGAGGAUACCCCAGAGCAGUCAUCGAAGAGCACACGGCGGAAUUCACUAUUCAAUAUCUACGGCCGCUUUGCUCCGAGCCCUGGAAGGGGAGAGAUCCCACGCACCAAUCACUAUACAAACGCGGUCGCACGGCGUGUACAAAAGAAACGACGACGGGUCAAGGCGCUUGGGCGGCGAAUGCAAAUGGAGGACUACGAUGAUGAAAGUGACGGACCCAGCAGCCGUGAAGGACGGUCAGACAGAACAGGAACCCAAGACCGGACGUCGGCAACACAAAAUGCUCCUUCCAAGAUGUCGUCUUUCCGACAGAUGUUGUCCAUACUAGAAGAGCAUCCCAAUGUCCCUGCUAUCCUGUCAUGGUGGGCCCAGCUGUUGGUCAACCUCUCCCUGUUUUCGCUUGCCGUGUGGAUGGUCUUUGCAUUUGUCUCCGAGAUCCGCAGGGAAUUCGAUGCGGUUGCCAGCAAAGAGAUGGACACGAUUCUUGGUGAGAUCGCCAGGUGCCAUCAAGAUUACCUGGAUAAUAAAUGUUCGUCUGAAAACCUCGUGCCCGACCUCAAGAGGAGUUGCGCGAUCUAUCAGGUGUGCAUGGAUCAAGACCCGACCCAUGUUGGACGAGUUAAGCUUUCUGCACACACAAUGGCCCAGAUUAUCAACAGUUUUAUCGAUCCCAUUUCCUGGAAAGCAAUUACCUUCUUCCUAGCAACUAUCGGGACGAUGGUACUUGCCAACAACUGGUCCUUCCGCUACUUCAGAAACCACCAGCAGCACGGCCAGAGCUACCCACAACACAGCUAUCCCCCGCCCCCGUCAGCCUACGACCCAAAUCUGCAUGGCCAGCCCCUCCACCUCCAGCAGAACCCAGCGUACAGCUACUACGGCCAACAGGAUCCACGAGCGUCGCCCGCGAAGGGCUUUGCCGACAAGCAAGAACAACCGUUGAUGCUCGAGAACACCCGACCGAUGGACUUUGUCACAGAGCGCUCCCGCGAGCGAGAAGUCCAUCCCCGCACGCCGAGUCCGUCUAAGCGUAUGCAUCGCCAAUUCGCAUAG